UCCGUUAGAAACACUUUUGCUGUUUGGUGCUGUUUCAAGUUUUUUCUUCCCACUGCAAACUCUCCUUUCCCCUCCUCUUCACUAUCUGUCAAAGUUCCUUCUCAUUUUAGUCCCUAAAAAUCUUUUUUUCUUUCACAUGCACUUUGUAUGUAUCUGUCCAUGAUGAAGAUGAUGACUUUGUAACAGUUCUUAGCGAAAUAGCCAGCAUCUGUCAGACACAGAAAAGAAGGAAUGGCCAACAAGUGUGUUAUAUAUGCACCAAAUCAUCACACAAAUGGCAUUACCUGUUACUCCACCACUUCCUCAUCCUCAUCUUUAUCUUCUUCUCCUUUUUCUUCUUCUUCUAUGACAAUGGGGAUGGUGUUUGCAGACAUGGGUUCUCUCUCAAUCAAUCCAAACUAUGGAGGAAUCUCUUCAUCUUUGUCUUCUUCACCAGAGGGUAAUAAUGGAAGGGCUGCUGCUUGUUGGGGUGGUUUUCCAUUUAUGAGAAAUUGCACCACAAGAAGUUUAGAGGAAGCCCACAACAUUAACAGUACUGAUCAAGAAGGUAAGGGCUCUGAUUGCAGUGAUGGAUUUGGGGAAUACAAUGAAACCAUUGAUCUCAAUGGCAGCCUAAAUGAAGAUCAUCGAGAGAAAGCUAACAUGAGCGACACAGUCAUGAGUAAUGGCAAAGAAACAGAUUGUGGUCAGUCUAAGCUGUGUGCCAGAGGGCAUUGGAGGCCUGCAGAAGAUGCUAAGCUCAAGGAACUUGUAGCUCAAUAUGGCCCUCAAAACUGGAAUCUUAUAGCAGAGAAGUUAGAAGGAAGAUCAGGUAAGAGUUGUAGGUUGAGAUGGUUUAACCAGUUGGAUCCAAGGAUCAACAGAAGAGCUUUCACUGAAGAAGAAGAAGAGAGGCUAAUGGCUGCUCAUAGACUAUAUGGUAACAAAUGGGCUAUGAUUGCUAGGCUUUUCCCUGGGAGGACUGAUAAUGCAGUGAAGAAUCAUUGGCAUGUCAUAAUGGCAAGAAAGUAUAGAGAACAGUCCAGUGCUUACAGGAGGAGAAAGAUGGGACAACAGUCCCAUGUUUACAGGAGAAUGGAAGGUGAAUCAUCAAGCACCAUAAGAUCAACAGAGCCACCACCACCACCACCAUCAGUAUACCCUCCUGCUGCCAAUUUCUUCAACAACCCACCUCAUGUUUUCCCAUUUGGUGGUGGGGUACUUAGUCCUGCAGGCUUAUCAAAUGGUUCACCCCACAUGGUUGGUGUUGGUGAAGCAAUGCCAAGCAAUAAUGUGCAUGUCCCUCCUCUUCCUCACAGUGGGCUUUGUGCACAGCAGACACCUUUUGAUUUCCUCCCUGUGUUGUGCAUUUUGGUUUCUGUGCUGCUGCUCAUUGGUUUCCAUUUUAGUCUUCUACCAAAUUUUCUUAUUACAGUUUCUCCACUCUCCUUGCACACACUAGUAGCAGUUAGUAAUAAUUUUCAGGUUUUUGAGUGGUUGGUUGGUUGUGUUUAUGCAGGUCCCAAGAGCCAUGAGAUGAUGAGCAUUUUUAGGCAGCAGAACAACAGAUCUUGGGAUACAAGAGAUGAAGCUGCCAGCAUGUCAUGUAUGAUGUAUCACCACCACCAACACCAACAACCUCCAUUGGUAAAGACAAUGCAACAGUCUCACUAUCAUCAUCACUACCCUUCUUCUACUAGCUUCUCAGAUUUCUCAACACCGCAAGUUUCAGCCACUGAACAAGUUUCACAUUCACCAGAGGAGGAGGAGGAGGAGGAGGAGGACGACAACAACAACAACAACAACCAUUUUGAGACCAAUAUUGCUGCACUACCCUUCAUUGACUUUCUUGGAGUAGGAGCCACAUGAAGAAGUUAGAAGCCAAGCCAAGAAAAGGAAAAAAAAGAUAUGAUGAAAACGGUUUUCCAAAUCUCACAACAUGGACUGUGUUCCAAAGUAUAAAUGAGAGGGCCAAAUAGAGGCAGGGAGAGAAAUUGAAGAUGUUUUCAGUUGGGUGACAGUAAAAUAUCAAGCACAAUUGUCUUUUUGAAGUCAAUUCCCACUUGGGCUUUUCUUGUACAAUCUACUAAUUUCCCAUAUGUGAAACAAUAAAGUGCUAGCUUUAGCUAGAUAUCUUUUUAUUUUUAUUUACUUUUUAUUUUUUCUGCAUUGUUCUCCUGUUUUUUUAUUUUUCAAUUUUGAUUGCUUAAUUUACUAAGAAUAAGAACUAAUUAACCACUGGCCAUUAGCCUCCUGUUAUAACCACUUCUUUCUCGAACAGGAAGUGAGGGUUUCGAGCACCAAAGUAGGAAUUUGUGUGCGCGUGCUGGCGUGAGUAUUUAUCUAACCGAGAAAAGAGAAAAAAAAGAAUAAAAUCAAAUUUUGAAUGCAUUGAAUAUGAUCAAAUUAU